AUGUGUGAAUGGGUUUCCGUUCACCUAGUUCACCAUGGAAGUGGUUCCGUACUUGCUUGUCCAGAAUGUGGUAGGAAACACAAAGGUAUCUGUUACCGAGUCUCGGGUGCUUGUUUUCGAUGCGGUAAAACUGGCCACAUAGUAAAAGACUGUCCGCUCAUAGCUAAAAAUGUCAACUGUCCUGCGGCAAGUUCAACUGAAUCUACUCUUGUAUCGAGAUCAAAUGUGAGAACCAUUGCUGGGAAAGAAACCCUAAGGCAAGGUCGAGUUUUUGCGCUUGUACCGAGAGAUGUCCAAAAUACUGAAUUUGUGGUGUCAGUGUGUGCUUAUGUGUGUCCUGCGUAUGACAUCAUGAUUGGGGAUGUGUUAUUAUAUGUUGAUUUGCUGCCAUUAGACAUUGCUCAUUGUGAUUGUAUAUUGGUUUCACCUAUGUAUAUGAUUUCUACUGUGAAAGCCGUUAAAUUGCUUAGAAAGGGAUGUAGGGGUUAUUUAUGCAGUGUUUUAAAUGUGACUUCUGAUAGUCCUAAUGUGGAAACUAUUCCUGUAGUCUAUGAAUUCUCUAAUGUCUUCCCAAAUGAACUACCUAGGGCUCUAAUUGAUAGGGAAAUUGAGUUUACUAUUGAUGUAGUACCUGAAACCCAGCCAAUUUCUAAAACCCCUUAUACAAUGUCAACUUCUGAAUUGAAAGAAAUGAAAAUUCAACUACAGGAACUGUUAGAGAAGAAGUUCAUUCACCCGAGCACUUCUCCUUGUGCUGCCCCAGGUUAUUAG